AUGUCAGGGCCAAUGUACGACGACCAAUAUUAUGCGACCUCGCGCCGCCAUUCACUCGUUACUCCUCCGCCGUCAGUGACUCCACGCAACAAUCGAAUGCGCAGUCAGAGCGUUAGGGUCAGCAACGGUACUGUUAGCACAGAUACCAGCAUGUCAAGCGGAAGGGCUUCGGAAGCGACGAAUAUCACCCAGCCGCCGGCCUAUUCGAAAAAGUUCGUCGUGGUGGGAGAUGGAGGAUGUGGAAAAACAUGUCUGUUGAUUAGUUAUUCCCAGGGAUAUUUCCCCGAGAAAUAUGUCCCAACGGUAUUUGAAAACUAUAUCACGCAAACAACCCAUCGGCGAUCCGGAAAGACCGUUGAGCUGGCGCUCUGGGAUACUGCUGGUCAGGAGGAAUACGACAGAUUGCGCCCUCUCUCUUACCCGGAAACCGAUCUCCUGUUUGUUUGCUUUGCUAUCGAUUGUCCUGCGUCUCUGGAGAAUGUUGUGGAUAAGUGGUACCCUGAAGUUCUGCAUUUUUGCCCUACGACUCCGAUAAUCCUCGUUGGACUGAAAUCAGACCUGCGCAACAAGCGGACGUGUAUAGAGCUUUUGAAAACACAGGGCUUGACGCCCGUUACCCCGGAGCAAGGAGAAACGGUGGCCCGGAGAAUGAAUGCAUCCUAUGUUGAGUGCAGCAGCAAAGAGAUGCGCGGAGUGGAUGGGGUAUUCCAGCUCGCCGUGGAUACAGUGGUAUCCCUCGAGGAGGAGCAAACCUGGGACACCCGUUUACCUGCAUCCAGCAAAGGCAGCAAGCCUCAUACUGGAGGUAAGAAGAUCAAGAAACGCAGUUGCAAGAUUCUGUGA